AUUGGCAGAGAGGGGUGGAGGACACGGAGUGGAGGCCAGUGGAGGGAUUGGCAGAGAGGGGUGGAGGACACUGAGUGGAGGCCAGUGGAGGGAUUGGCAGAGGUGGGGUGGAGGCCAGUGGAGGGAUUGGCAGAGGGGGGUGGCGGAGAUGGAGCGGUUGGAAAGGUGAAUGAGUCUGGCAGCCGUAUUCAGGAUGGACUGAAGCGGGGAUAGCCAGCGGCGAGGCAGGCCAGUGAGGAGGGAGUUGCAGUAGUCGAGUCGUGGAGUCUGCAUGUUGCGGGGGCGGGGUCUGCAUGUUGCGGAGGUGGAGUCUGCAUGUUGCGGGGGCGGAGUCUGCAUGUUGCGGAGGUGGAGUCUG